UAAAUUAGCAGACCAAUCCCGUGGCCGUGGAAAGCCUUGCCUUUCUCCUUUGUUGUUGUAAAGGGCAAGGUGCCAGCGGGUUUUGUAAGCACCUGAGAGGAGCGAUGACAAGCAGCGUCUGAGUCGCAGACACAGGUGGCCCUGACAUUCCCUCGCGCAGUGGUCCGAAGGGACCCACACAUGCUGCUCUAGAUGGAGAAGAGUAAGAAUGUCCAUCAGGCUUUGCUCAAUGAAGGAGAGGAGAAUGAGCUGGAGGUGUUUGGCUACCAUACCCAGAAUCUACGGAGAGCCCUGUGCUUUGUCUCAGCCGUCCUGACUCUUGGGGCCCUUCAGUUGAUGUUCUAUUGGAAGCCUGAGUGGUGGGUUUGGACCAGUUGCAUCCCAUGCCCUUUGCAAGAAGCAGACACAGUUUUGCUGAGGACAACAGAUGAAUUUCGAAGAUACAUCAGGAAAAAAGUCUUCUGCCUCCACUUAUCCACACUAAAGUUUCCUAUAAGCAAGAACCCAGCGGAACCUCUGGUGGCGGACCGCCACUCGGUCAUAAACCAAGCUGUAAUGAAGCCAGAAUUAAAACUACUAUGCAUCCAAGUGCAGAAAAUCAGGUACGUGUGGGAUUUCUUGGAGAAGCGGUUUCAGAAAGUUGGGUUGCUGGAAGACAGUAACUCCUGCUUCGACAUCCACCAUACAUUUGGACUGGGUCUGACCAGUGAAGAGCAAGAGGUCAGAAGGUUAGUGUGUGGGCCCAACGCUAUCGAGGUGGAGAUCCAGCCUGUAUGGAAGCUGCUGGUUAAACAGGUUUUAAAUCCAUUCUACGUGUUCCAAGCCUUCACCCUCACUCUGUGGCUGUCUCAGGGUUACAUAGAGUACUCUGUGGCCAUCAUCAUCUUGACUGUUAUCUCUAUUGUCUUAAGUGUGUAUGACUUGAGACAGCAAUCCAUUAAACUGCACAACCUCGUGGAGGACCACAACAAAGUCCAGGUCACCAUCGCUGUAAAAGGCAAAGGUCUGCAGGAGCUGGAGUCCCGUCUCCUGGUUCCAGGGGAUAUUCUCAUUCUUCCAGGGAAGAUUUCAUUGCCCUGUGAUGCUGUUCUCAUCGAUGGCAGUUGUGUGGUGAAUGAAGGAAUGCUCACAGGAGAAAGUAUACCUGUUACAAAGACACCAUUACCUCACACGGAGAACACCAUGCCCUGGAAAACCCACAGCUUAGAGGACUACCGGAAACACGUGCUUUUCUGUGGAACGGAAGUGAUCCAGGUCAAGCCAUCCGGGCAGGGACCUGUUAGGGCCGUUGUUCUGCAGACAGGUUAUAAUACAGCAAAAGGGGACUUGGUGAGAUCCAUCCUCUACCCACGACCUCUGAACUUCAAGCUGUAUAAUGAUGCCUUCAAGUUCAUGGUGUUCCUGGCCUGUAUUGGUGUUGUGGGAUUUUUCUAUGCCCUAGGUGUCUAUAUGUACCAUGGAGUUCCUCCGAGAGAAACCGCAACCAUGGCGCUGAUCCUCCUCACGGCCACCGUCCCUCCUGUGCUCCCUGCUGCCCUGACCAUAGGCAAUGUGUAUGCCCAGAAGAGGCUGAAGAAGAAGAAGAUUUUCUGUAUCUCUCCACAAAGAAUCAACAUGUGUGGCCAGAUCAACCUUGUGUGCUUUGACAAAACAGGAACGCUCACAGAAGAUGGGCUGGACCUCUGGGGGACUGUCCCUACGGCUGGCAACUGUUUCCAGGCCGUCCACAGCUUUGCCUCAGGCCAGCCUAUGCCCUGGGGCCCACUGUGUGCAGCCAUGGCCAGUUGCCACUCCCUGAUCCUUCUCGACGGAACCAUCCAAGGAGACCCUUUGGACCUCAAAAUGUUUGAAGGCACUGGCUGGAAUAUGGAAGAUUGCCAAGUGGCUUCCAGCAAAUUUGGCACGUCAGAUUCAAGCCCAGUAAUAAAACCAGGACCCAAAGCUAGUCAGAGUCCCGUGGACACCAUCACCAUCCUGCGUCAGUUUCCAUUUUCCUCGGGCCUGCAGAGGAUGUCUGUGAUUGCCCAGCUGGUUGGUGACCUCCACCUCCACGUCUACAUGAAGGGCGCCCCAGAGAUGGUGGCCAGGUUCUGCCGGUCUGAAACAGUGCCCAAGAAUUUCCCGCAGGAGCUGAGGAAAUAUACAGUACAAGGCUUCCGUGUCAUCGCCCUUGCCCAUAAAACCCUCAAGAUGGAGAAGCUGUUGGAUGUAGAACGUUUGGAAAGGGAGAAAGUGGAGUCCGAGUUGGCAUUUCUGGGACUUCUCAUCAUGGAGAAUCGCUUGAAGAAAGAAACAAAGCCCGUGUUGAAGGAUCUGAGCGAGGCCCACAUCAGGACUGUGAUGAUUACAGGUGACAAUCUUCAAACCGCCAUCACUGUGGCUAAGAAUUCCGAAAUGAUUCCUAUGGGCAGCCAGGUCAUCAUUGUUGAGGCUAAUGAGCCAGGAGACCUUCUUCCUGCGUCUGUGACCUGGCAGCUGGUGGGGACCCAAGAGCCCGGCUCUGCGAAGAAGGAAACCUACAUUGAUAUCGGAAAUAGUUCUGCACCUGGUGGGGAAGGUUACCAUUUUGCGAUGAGUGGGAAGUCAUACCAAGUGCUGUUUCAGCAUUUCUACAGCAUGCUGCCCAAAAUUCUGGUUAAUGGAACCAUUUUUGCAAGGAUGUCUCCUGGGCAGAAAUCAAGCCUCGUGGAAGAGUUUCAGAAAUUAAAUUAUUACGUGGGCAUGUGUGGAGAUGGAGCCAAUGACUGUGGGGCUUUGAAAAUGGCCCAUGCAGGCAUCUCACUAUCAGAACAGGAAGCAUCCGUGGCAUCUCCCUUCACCUCGAAAGUAGCCAAUAUCGAGUGUGUGCCUCAUCUCAUCAGGGAGGGCCGAGCAGCUCUGGUUUCAUCUUUUGGUGUAUUUAAAUACUUGACCAUGUAUGGCAUCAUCCAGUUUAUUGGAACAUCACUUCUCUAUUGGCAACUACAGAUCUUUGGCAAUUACCAGUAUCUCUUGCAAGAUGUGGCCAUCACACUGAUGGUCAGCUUAACAAUGAGCAUAAAUCACGCCUACCCGAAGCUGGCUCCAUACAGACCAGCAGGACAACUGCUUUCUCCUCAGCUGCUACUCUCAGUCUUCCUGAAUUCCUGUUUCACCUGCAUUGUACUGGUGUCUGCCUUUCUCUCCGUGAAGCAGCAGCCCUGGUACUGUGAGGUCUAUCGGUACAGUGAAUGCUUUCUGACCAACCAAAGUAACUUCUCAACCAAUAUGAGUUUGGAGCGAAACUGGACUGGAAACGCGACUCUGGUUCCUGCUUCCGUUCUAAGUUUUGAGAGCACUACCAUGUGGCCCAUCGUCACCUUCAACUGCAUCUCUGCCGCAUUCAUUUUUUCUAAGGGAAAGCCAUUUCGGGAACCCAUCUACACAAACUAUUUAUUUUCCCUUCUGCUGACAUCUGCUGUGGGCCUCACAAUUUUCAUUCUGUUUUCUGAUUUUCAAGAUCUAUACCGUGUCAUGGAGUUCAUCCCAACCAUCACAUCAUGGAGAGUUUCAAUUCUGGUGGCAGCCUUUGUCCAGUUCUGCGUGAUCUUCUUUGUGGAGGAUGCAAUCCUUCAAAAUAGAGAGCUCUGGCUGUUUAUAAAGAAGGAAUAUGGAUUCUACUCAAAAAGUCAGUACAGGAUCUUGCAGAGAAAGCUGGCAGAAGACUCUACCUGGCCUCCCGCGAACAGGACGGAUUAUGCAGACGAUGGCAAAAAUGGAUUCUACAUCAACAAAGCCUACGAAAGCACUGAACAGGCCCCCAGAGGGAAACUCAGGCUGGGAGGGCACGCUGCAGAACAGCACUUUUGGACCAGACUAUAACCUGAAUAGCUGCCAUGCUUGUUCCCCGACGACAUCACCUUUUGUCUCCCAAACUAACUGUUGUGGAGAGGUAAAAAUUGUACACCCUUCUCUUCUCCUCCAUCUAAGCCUUCAAAGCACUUCAAUAUAUCGAGCCUUGCAGCAAAGAACCUUGCAUUCAAUCUAUCCUUCACUAGUGAGAGAAAAAAAACUGCAUGUCUCAGAUCACCAUUUUAAUAAACUAUAUUCAUACUGCAUUUUUUUUAACAGCAUUGUUCUCAUGCAAUGAAACUAGAUGUAUGGACAUCAAGUGAGAAGAAACAUUGAGGAAGUAUUUAGUAUUUGAAUAUUUGACUGAUGUAUGAAUUGACAUUAAGUUUUCUUAAUCUUAUGUUAACUUGUGAAGCACGUUCUUGUAUACAUCUUGGCCCCGAAUCAUUGAAUUCUCCCUGCUGUUGCAUCUUUGGUAUGACUUCAAUAGAGAGAGAAAAAAAAUGAAUAAUUCCACCCUGACUGCACAGAAAGCCAGAGUGGUGUGGAAGUGGAGAACAAUAGAGAUAGGUGGAAAUCACUGAGAAUCAUGGUAUGGGCGUGGUUAAAAUGUAAGCAAACUACACCAACUCUGUACAUUCCCAAAGCUUCUUGUAUGGGGCCAGCGAACUUGACAGUUCAGAGUAGACUAAAGUAAUCAAAUAAACUGUUUAAAUGUGUUUUUCACUUAUAAAGUAUGUGACUUUUGUUAUUAUUACCAUUGAUACACAAAAAUAUCAAAUUCUAACUUUAGAAGUUUCCCUGAACUCAUCUAUGAUCAUCUUAAAAACAAAAUUCUGAAGAAGGUUUUGAUCCCCAGGAUGAAGAUCUGCUAGGCAGCCCAUUUCAUCAUCUUAAUUAUCCAAAUCAUCGUAGACAUCCAUUAAAGACCACAGAAGAAUGUGUUCUCCACACGAGUUAGUUCCUUUAAUGUGUAUCACCUGUGCUGUGAGCUUGAGCGGCAAUAUUUCUGGUGACAAUUUGAAAUUAACUACUAGGUUUUCCUUUAAAUACUAAAUCUGAGUUUGUUAAUUCAACAGAUCUUCUGUAAUCAUAGGCAAUUUAUCAGUUGAGUGCCAUGAAUAUCAACUAUGUGACUAGUACCACAAUAUAUGGAUUCACUAUGUGAUAGUUGUUGGUUUACCAUUCUGAAAUCUUUAGUUUUCAACAUUUUAGCAAACUAUGGCUGUGAAUGGCAUUCUGAACAUUGCUACUCAAACCAGCAGCACCAAUGGGCAUACCUACACAAACAAAUAUGUUUGCCUUUAAGCUUUUUCUGUGUUCACAGCUGUUUGGAGAGUAAUAAUUUUUAAAGCUGUCUAAUUUACUGGCUUUAACGAUUAAUAAUCACGUAGGGAAGACAUCUCUGGUGUGUCUGUGAAGAUGUUUCUAGAAUGUUUUUACUGAGAUGGGAAAAGUUGCCCAAAAUGUUGGUGGUGCCAUCCAUGGACCUGGUCCCUGAUGGAAUAAAAAAUGAGAAAGGGUCUGAGCACCAGUGUUCCUUUCUCUCACAUCCUGACUGUGGACACAGUGUGACCAGAUGCUCCACACUUCUGUUGACAUACCUUCCCAUGUGACCGACUGCAAUUCCUCUAAAACUGUGCACCAAGGAAACCGGCAAUGCAAGAAGUAACUAAUGCAGUGGCUAGCAAAAACAACAAAAUUAAAAGUCUUUUAAAAAAAGAUUUUAGGGCUGGAGAGAUGGCUCAGCAGUUGAGCACUGCUGAGGGGCAAUUUGGAUGCCAGCACCCACACUGAGCAGAUAACAGCUCUGGGGGAUCUGGCUGGCACCUCUUCUGGCCUCUGCAGGCACACAUGGUGCACAUACGCACAUAAAAAACAAAAUAAAUCUGUUUUUUUUAAAGCAUGUUAGCUUAUUAUAAAAAAAAUGUAAGGCAUCCUUGAAACUAUAUGGGCAAAAGUUUCCUUUAGCUGCCAGUCCUACUCAGUAAAUUAAUUGACUCUUAAGAAAAAGAUUCAGUUGAUACAGUGUAACAUUUAGAUAGCAGAUUUUAUUUGUUAUGUGUAGAUGUAACACGAAUUGCUAAAUGGUCUUAUUAAUAAAAAAAAAAAAAACCAGAAUCAGAUAUUGGAGUGAAAGCUGAAAGAUCAGAGGGACAGAACAAGCCAGCCACAAGUUCUUACCACUAGGAAAUCCUCAGCCCAAGAGAACUACUUCCUGUAUACUCACGCCUAUAUCCUUUUUGUGCCCUGCCAUCUCACUUCCUCUCUCUGCCCAGCUACAUCACUUCCUCUUUCCACUCAGCUCUAUCACUUCCUGUCUGUCUGUACAGACCUCCAGACCUCUAUGGUUUACUAGUGCUUUUUACUAUGUUUACUAUGGUUUAAAGGCACGUGUCACCACACCUGGCUGUGUUCCCAGUGUGGCCUUGAACUCAUAGAGAUCCAAAUGAAUAUCUGCCUCCCAAAUGCUAGGAUUAAAGGUGUGUGCUAUCGCU